GUAACACACUCACAUCACUAGGAGCUGACACUCACACUCACAUCACUAGGAGCUGACACUCACACUCACAUCACUAGGAGCUGACGCUCACACUCACAUCACUAGGAGCUGACACUCACACUCACUGCUCAGGAAUGAACGAAGCCGUCACUUACGCCGACCUGCAGUUUGUCAACUUAUCCCUGAAGGACUGUCAGAAUUCAGAAGCAGAAGACAAUGAAGAGGAGGAUGGGGCAAUGUAUGAGAAUGUGAAUCCCAACCUGAAUAUUCCCAGCAGGAGGGCACAAAACUCAGCUCAGGGCAACAGAGGGCAAGUGGCUGGAGGACCCCUGAAAUUGGCUUCUAAUCUGACUCUGUUUCUCCUGCUGUUGUGCCUCGUAUUACUUGCCUCCAUGAUUGGGACGACCAUUAAAUAUUUUCAAGUCUCCAGAGAAUUACAGGACAUUUCCACAAUUUACAUUGAACUCAACAGCAGCCUGUCCCAGGCAAUUCAGCACAAGGAGGAGGAGCUGACGCUCACCUACAGGGCACUCACUAACUCCCAAAAUGAGUUAAAGCAACUGGUAGAGAAUCAUAAGAAUCUGAACAGAACUUUACAUCUCUGCCAAGUGACUGAGCAACAGACAAACGAGAAAUUGGCAGACAUGGAAAGAUUAUACAGUGAAACGAUGGUGAAAAACCAACAAGUAAUGGAGGAGAAGCAAGAGAUCCAAAUACACCUGGAAGACAAAGACAACCAGCUCAGGCUGCUGAAUGAAGAAAUAUGUCCUGACAAGUGGAUCCGCUUUGGCAUGAGAUGUUUGUAUUUCUCUGAAGAAGAAAAACAGACUUGGGUGAUGAGCAAGAUUUUCUGUGAGAAUCAAAAGGCUUCUCUCCUGCUUCUCAGAAAUGAUGACUGGAAACUAAAGGAAUUUAUAACCAAGAAACAGAACGAUUAUUGGGUGGGGACGUUUGACUAUUAUGAGCCAAAGGAGUUUCUGAGGUAAAUGUACUAAUUCCUACUUCUUACUGAUCACUGUAAUGUGGUGUAUUAAGUGUUGUUUCUAGUUGGGGGAGACAAAAGUGUAGAAAUGAGCCAUAUACUUUGCCGUAUCCAUAGUCUGGGGGUUCAGGGGUCACACACACAGGAGUCAGUAUGACCAUGAGGGGGGUGGGUACGAGCACCCCCUGUGCAGAUCCAAAUAGAGUGACAUUCCCUGUACUGGACUAAUUAAUUAGUUAUCAUGGCAGACACAUAUUAUGUUGGGUACAUCUUAGCCACACCCAAUUUUGCCUUUGCUUUUUUCAUUGCUGCAUCUCCUUUCCACCUUUUAAAAAGUUGCCAACAUUUGUGGCUCAGGAAUUUGGGUGGGCGGAUGAAUUUGGGGGGAGAUUACGUCAAGGAAGGGAUGAGUGAGAUUUCAGGGGGGUGAUUUCCUAAUUUGCAAAGCUGGACAACGCAGUUUUCAGAAGGGCUCUCUGGGCAAAAUAAAUGUGCCCCUAUCUCUGGGGCAAUGGCUUGGGGGUCAUAUUCAACACAAAAUCCAUAUUGUACCAACAGAAGAUAUUUAUACAUUACUCAAUUAACUAUUAAUUCAGUUCCAGGUACUAUUGGAAUAAUUGUGUUAAAUUCAGUAAUGGGGAGCCACAAUAUAUUAACAACAACAACCAGCUCAGAUGGAUCUGCGAGAGAAAACUGGUUCUGCUGGAGGUCAACACAAACCCUCGUGAUACUUUAAAAUACUGUUACUCCUCCGAAAAAAAGGAUUUUUACUGUAAGAGCUGAGAGGGGCAGAUGGAUGGACAGACGGACUCACUGAGCCUCACUAUAAAGAACAAGCCUUGAAGG